UACAACACAGGCUCCGGUAUAUAAAUCAGGCAAAUUCCCCGUUUGAGCAUGAACCUCUGAAAAGUGCCGGCAUCUAAGGUCUCCUCCAAGGCCCUCUGCAGUCCAGCCCAUAAUGAAGGUCUUGGCGGCAGGAAUCCUGUCACUGCUGCUUGUUCUGCACUGGAAACAUGGGGCAGGGAGCCCCCUUCCCAUCACUCCUGACAAUGCCACCUGCACCACACGUCACCCAUGUCCCAGCAACCUUAUGACCCAGAUCAGGAAUCAACUGCUGCAGCUCAACAGUAGUGCCAGUGCCCUCUUUAUUGCCUAUUACACCGCCCAGGGCGAGCCGUUCCCCAGCAAUGUGGACAAGCUGUGCGGCCCCAAUGUGACAGACUUUCCAACCUUCCAUGCUGACGGCACAGAGAAGGACAAGCUGGUAGACCUGUACCGCAUCAUCGCGUACCUUGGCGCCUCCCUGGGCAACAUCACACGGGACCAGAAAGCUCUCAACCCCAAAGACCAGAACCUCCACAGCAAGCUGAGCUCGACAGCGGACACCAUGCGGGGACUCCUCAGCAAUGUGCUCUGCCGCCUGUGCAACAAGUACCACGUGAGCCACGUGGAUGUGUCCUAUGGCCCUGACACCUCGGGCAAGGAUGUCUUCCAGAAGAAAAAGCUGGGCUGCCAGCUCCUGGGGAAGUAUAAGCAGGUCAUUGCUGAGCUGGUCCAGGCCUUCUAACACGGGAUCUUAAAGUGUGCUGUGAACUGAGGGAUGGUGGGAGUGGGAUCCAGAUUUGGGGGGCUCUCACAGUGCGGCAGGGGGUCAUUGCUCAGUGUAGGCAGAAGUAGCUGGAAGACCCUGAGGGCUCCCUGCCAGUCUACUUAACUCUGGGGUGGGCUGGGAUGAAGCCGAACAGGGUCAAAACUCCCACAUGCAGGGCCUCGAUAUUGUGUCAUUUCAAGGUGGUGCCCGUUUUUCUGGAAGAUGGCAACCAGGCACCAAGGCGUCAGGCUGGCAAGUGGAAUGUGAGUUGGACUUCUGCCCCUGCCUGACCCUUGGUGAUGGCUUUAGGCAGUGAGCAAAAGAAGUCAUCUCGUAGGGGCACUGACCACAAGGCAAGAGAGCAGGGAUUCGGGCAGUUGCCCAACUCCCAGCAGAAUGGCAUUCAGCAUCCUCCCCUUAGGGCAACGUUGGAAGGCGUGGUUGGAAUAUGAGGUGCUGGGAUCCCAGAGGACUCCCUGUCCCUGGAGAUGUGGCAUAUGGAAAGUAGAGAAGGCAGCUCUGGGAUGGAAUGCUGCACUCUCAUGAGAGAGGUUGGAGAACUCAGGCCUAGGGACUGUUGGGUGGAAGGUUCCAGAAGGAAGUCACUGGCAUUUAGUAUGGGAGAGCCCUUGGGGAGGUGCACUGCCACCUCCCAGCCUGGAAAGGGAGAUAGUUCUCCUUCCUCUUCGCUAUAGGCAUUUCUGCAGACCAAGAUGGCUAGGGACCUGGAAGGGGGUUAGUGGAGGUGGGCGGGGCAGGGACAGGUGCAAAGUCAAGUGAGGAGGUUCUGAGACAGACCCAGAGUCUUCCUUCUGAGCAAGGGCCUAUAAGGGCGGGAAUGGGGUAGUUCAAAGUGGCAGCUCACAGCUGAGGCUAUGGAGGCCUGGUGAAGUCACAGGAAGGUACUUGAGGGGUACCAGAGGUGGUCCCUGGUCCCUAGAUAAGGGGACAGCAGAACUUGAGGUCAGGGUCUCAGGGGAACCUGGGAUCCGAGAGUGCUGAGUGUCUGGCCCAGCAUGGUUGUGUAUUUAUUAUAAUAUCUUAUUUAUAUUAACUUAUUGGUGCUUUAAGUGGCAAAGUUAGCUCCCAUUUCCUGCUGCCUAGCCAACAUUAAUAAGAUGGCUGUCUACCUAGGAGCCUGGGCCAGGUCUUUUAAUAGGGCCUGGCCUGGAUAUUGAAGAUGUUACAAGUGGGAGAAUCCUUACGGGUGAAGCUCAGAGAAGGGUUGGUGUAGGAGUGGAGGCACCUGACUCCAUCCCACCACCUCAACUGUGCCGGAGUGACCCAGGGUUCAGACUGUAAGCUUAGGCCAUUUUGUGAAGUGGCCAGGUACUUUUUGCCAGGGCUGCCAUGUUGCUUGACUCUGGGGGGCCUCAUUCACACUGUGUUCCCUGGCAUCCCUUGGAGUCGUGCAAAUGUCUUAUUCCCAUACUGCUCUAAACUAGCAGUUGAGGGGCCCCGGAACUGUCCUGACCCAGCACCCUCUCCCCAAAGAUGCUCCCACACAGUGGGGAGUACCUUCUCUGGUGUCCUAAACACCACUGAAGACACCAGGGCCUAGGUGAGGAGACCUUGGGAAGCUGGAGCAGUGUGGGAACCACUACCUUCUGCUGUGGAGAGGGCAGCCUGAGACCCCCCAGACUCAGACCAGGAAGCUGUGGUCCCCUCUGCCCCACCUACCCCAUGCCCCCACCCAGGUCUGGGCUUCGAGACAGGGAACUUGAUCCCUUCCUUUGAGCUGAGGGCCAGGCAAGUCUAGAAAUGCCCUCCAGUGUGGAAGAGGGAAAGCUGUGGAGAGGUGUGUUUGGGCCUUUUUUCAAACCCCGAGCAGACAGGCAGUGGUCCUAGCAGUUUAGCUGAUGUGAUUAUGAUGCUUUGCAUUCACUUUGUACCUUUUUCUGUCCUUCUCUGAGCACUUUAUCCAUGCCUACCUGCUGGCAGGCAGGCAGCAGGCAAGCUGAGAGACUGGGCCCAGGGCCAGAAGUUAAACCUGUCCCCACGGCAAGAGUAGGACACGGAGACUCAGCUCUGAGCUCGGGUCCCACUCACCUGUGUCCCAGAUCUCAGCAUGCUGCCCUUCCCAUCUCUCUGCUCUGUUGGUGGACAGGUUGGGGCUGGCUUACCUUCUCCAAGCUGAGCUACAAGAAAGCCAACCUCAUCUAAAGCCAGAGUUGGUGACUCUAGAGCCCAGUGCCAGCUGGGUCACCCAUCAUCUCAUUACCUUGUGGAUACACCUGUGCUGGGCACACCUAGGCGGCCUUCCUUCCCUACCUGCACCUGACCCCCUGACUCUCCCACCACCCAUGCCCCUUUCACACCAGCCCGGAUUCUGCCCCUCGGUCCGCAUCCACAGCACUUUUUCCAGAACCAGCCUGGCAUAUCAAAACCCCCUACCCACAGCAUCUUCGAAUUAUUGAGCCUUUGUGGGAAAAGAUAGUUUUUUUUUUUUCCUCAUUUUCUUCUGUUGGCAUUGACCCAAUCCUGGAGUCCUGGGCUGUGUACCUGGACUAGAGGUGAUUUUUAAGGAGGAGAGGGGGUCCCUCAGCAGAGGAGGGAGUAGGAAGGUCAUUUUGCAGUCUGUCAAGGAGACUUUUAUUUGAAAAAAAAUUGUUUUUUUUUUUUUUUUUAAAUCAAAAAGCACUGCUAGUUUGCUUAUCUCUCUUCCUCCUUCCCCUUGUCUCCCUUGGCCUAUAGUAGGCCAGCUUCUCCCUGACAGAGGCAGUCCAGCCCUGCUUGGCUGGCCCUCCACAAUAGACAUAGCGUGUGGGGCUGGGGCCCUGAAAUUGAGAGACCUAGUCAUUUCCCUUCAGAUGGUACAGAGGUUCUGAUUUAAUUGGUCCUGAGUAGAGCCCAUAUGUUAGUGUUUUUGUUAUAGUUGUUGGUUUUGUUUUUAAAGUCUCUAGUUUAUUCUAAUGGGAAGCAAGAGUUGAAAGUUACUGAGUUAGGGGAAUGUUGUUAGCUGCCAUCCAGUUGGCCACUGACUCAUGGCCACCCCAUGUGUUACGAAGUGGAAUUGCUGCAAAUGGUUCCUUGGCUACAAUCUUUUACGGAAGCAGAUCGCCAGGCCUUUCUUCCACAAAGCUGCUGGGUGGGUUCGAACCACCAACCUAUGGACUAAGCAGCCCAUUGCAGACCACUUGCGCCACUGAGGCUCCUUCAAAUGGUACCGAUGUUCUUACCUUAGAACCAUCUCCAACACACCACCCUACCCCACCUCACCCCCAAUCCCAACCCACAGCGCUUGCUCAGUAGACCCACCAUGUGGCCUUAUCCAGAGAUCUUCCCUGUCCUUCCUUUCCAAUGGAAAGGAUUUCACCUUGGGUGACAAAUUCCUAUUUGAUGAAUGUACCCUGUGGGAAUGUUUCAUAAUGACAGAUGAUUUUAUUUAUUCAAAGUCAUAUUUAAAAUAUUUAUUUUUUAUAUUGAAGAAAUACUUUUUUGUUUUUUUAAGAAAAAAAAAAAAGAAAUUAAUAAAGAAUUCUACUCUUGGUUCGCUUUCCAGAGUAUAUUAAUGUGGGAAACGGGGCUGGAGGCCUGGGACUUUCUCUGCCUAAGUGCCCAGCCAAGUGCAGCUCUGCUGGGCAAAGGGCAGGAGCAUGGGAAAAGGUACCUCCACCAGGUAACGGUGCUGGUGUGGGCUGGGACAGCGGUGGGCAGAGCUUGGGCACAGGCUGAACCAGCGAGGUAGGUGGUGUCCAGAUCAUGGGGUGUUGCCAAGGAAAGGACGGUUGCUCAAAAGUUGGGGAAUUAUUUCACAUCUUACAAGUAAUCAGCUCCUUUAUCACCAGUCCUCACUUAACUCUCAGUAAUCCCUUGAGUCAUCAUCCCCAGUUAACAGAGGGGGAAACUAGGCUCAGAGAGAUAAGGUGACCGGCCCAGGGUCACACUGAUAGUGUUUAGGACCCGUUAGAGACACCCUCUAGCUCCAAAUAUCACACUCUUGCCCCUACCUGGAAUUCAGAGACAUAGAAGAAACCAGCUGCUGAGGCCUCUCUUUUCAUGGAUAGAGCACUGACCACCACUGACAGCAAAGAGAGCAGCCAAGAAUGUGGAGCAGGAAGGUUCAGGGCCCUGGGGCCAGAGUCGGGACUUUUUCACUGGGCUCUUCCAGGUCUGAGCUGCCCUCCUGCAAGGGACACUUCUUCCUACCUCACCUCACCGCAUUCCAGUGCAACCUCUUCCCAGCCUCCUGGGAUACCCUUCCUUGGGGAAAUGAGAGAGGUUGGGACUGGAUGGGCACAGAUACAGGGGCCCUGGAGUAGCCCCAGAUGUCUCACCUGUGCUUUGCCCUGGGGCUGGCUCUAGGUGUCCCCAGCUGUGAUCCAUUUUGGGGAUCUGGGCAGCUUGUUCAUUCAUGAAUGCUUAUAAGUGUCAGGUCCUGUGCCCAGGUUCCAAAGACGAACAGAACACAGGAGGUACCUUCUAGAAGCUCAUAGGCCAGCAGGGGAGGGUGAGUGUGAUAGAAGAGGCACAUACAAGGUGGGGAGCCCAGGAGGAAGGAGCUGUGUUCUAGGGGCCAGGAGCGGCGUGGGCUGUGGUCCUCUCUGGUCUCUGUGCAAUGAAGGACGGGACCAGAGGCCCUGCAGAGUGUGGUCCACGGACAUGCAUCAUCAAAGUAGAGCUGUGUUUCAUAGGGGUUUCUUGUCUGUAAUAUUAAUGAAAGUAGAUUGCCAGGCCUCUUCUUCUGACAGACUGCUGGGUGGGUUUGAACCAACAACAUGCAAAGGCCAGUCUGGUGGGCUUGAGGUUGAAGUGGGGGAGGGACCACCCAGGCCAGGCCAGGCCAGAUCAGCUCCCAGCUCUUCUGUCUUUUUUCACCUAACCUUCCCUCUCCCCUUCCCCCCACCACUCUCCCGCCCAGUUGUCUGUGACAUUUUCCCUUUUCUGUUUCCUGGUCGCACCACUUCCUCUCCCUCCCUAAAGCCCUAGGGGUAGGGGAUGCCUAGAUUCCCCUGGUCCUAACCCAGUCCUGGGGUAAGGGGUGGUAAAUGUUGCAUUAAAAGUGGGGCUUUUAAGUUUGGGGUCUGCCAUGGGUUAGCAGUCUUUGCAGCUCUGUGAGCAAAAUCAUUGCCUUUACAAAUGUUGUCAUUUAGAAAUUGUGUCCUGUGUGAAUGCUACAAUGAGUUACUGAUAUCUGAGAAAGAAGCUGUAAAGCCACCACCAGCAAAUCAGCUAACCAUUUUCAUUGAGAUAUUCUAGUUUCCACUGAAGUCAAGAGUCCGCUUCCUGAUUUCUUUUUUUCAUAUUUCCCCUGUUACAUGACAGACACUAAACAUAUUUUUAAUAUCAGUAUAUAUUCACUUUAAGUCCAAAAUAUAGCUCUACUAACUGCUAUUAACUGGUCUACUUAAAAUCCAAAAAAUCUCUUCCCAUCGAGUUGAUUCCAACUCACAGUGACUGUCUUAGUUAUCUAGUGCUGCUGUAACAGAAAUACCACAAGUGAAUGGCUUUAACAAACAGACAUUUAUUCUCUCACAGUCUAGGAGGUUAGACGUUUGAAUUUAGGUAGUCAGCUCCAGGGGAAGGCUUUGUCUUUCUCUCUCGGCUCUGGGGGAAGGUCGUUGUUAACAGUCUUGCCUUGCAACUAGGAGUUUCUCAGCACAGGGACACUGGGUCCAAAGGAUGUGCUCUGCUCCUGGCUCUCCUUGCUUGGUGGUAGGAGGUCCUUCUCCUCGCUGUUUGCUUCUCUCUUUUAUAUCUCAAAAGAGAUUGACUCAAGAUACAACCUAAUCCUGCAGAUUGUGUCCUGCCUCAUUAACAUAACUGCUUCUAAUCCUGACACAUUCACAUCAUAAAGGUUAGAGUUUAUAACACACAGCCUAGUUAGAUCGGAUCACAAAAUGGGGGACAACAAUACAAUACUGGGAAUCACAACCUACCCAAGUUGAUACCCAUUUUGGGGGGACACAAUUCAAUCCAUAACAGUGACCCUAUCGGAUAGAGUAGAACUGCCCCGUAGGGUUUCCAAGGCUAUAAUCUUUCCAGAAGCCAACUGCCACAUCUUUCUCCCGCAGAGUGGCUGGGUUCAAACCACCAACCUUUUGAUUAGCAGAUGAGUGCUUUAACCACUGUGCCACCAGAGUUUAUGCAGACCUAAUUCUAGACAAAACAUUAGCUUUCAAAAGUUUAUGAUGUCACCACAGCAUAAGGAGACUUAAGUGAACCACUUUUAUCCCAAGUGCAUAAAAAAAACUAAACCAAGUGCAUAACCCAUCAGUAAAUAUUAUCCAAUCUGCGUUAUGAACAGGAACAGGCCCUUUUCAUCUGCAAAAUGGGCUGACUCUUAGGUUUUAACACUUUGUAGCCUUCAGUUAACAACAGAUGCUCUAAAUAUUUGACCUCAUUUCAGCAAUAUUGCCAUUUGUCUAGGGAGGCCUUAUGCUUCACAGGGGCAUGAUUUGUUUUUUUUUUUUUAAUUUUUAUUGUGCUUUAAGUGAAAGUUUACAAAUCAAGUCAGUCUCUCACACAAAUACUUAUAUACACCUUGCUACAUACUCCCAAUUACUCUCGCC